UUCGCUUGCUUUGCCGUCAAACGCUCAUGAGCUUCUAUUAUCCCACCAACCCUGCUUCAUGUUGAAUCCUCAUCACCGGCUCCAAGAUUUCUCUCACUUAACUGUCGUCGCCGGCCCGAGCCAUUGAAUCACAGCUGACCUCUCAUCUUCUCAUAGGUCGCUUCCUCCACCUUUUCCGUUCUCAAUCUAUUCAGCCUGUCGCAAGCACGCGCAGUCAUGGAGUACAUAACGGGGAUAGUAACGACGGGGACCCGCUGGGUCGCCUCAAACUUACCUAUACCGACUUCAAACGCAUCAACCCCUUCCAAGGCGUCAAAACGCGACGCUGCACCGACAACUGUCGCUCAUCAGCAGAGUGACAGCCCAGGGAAAGGUCUCAACUCUCGCCAUAGUUACUUCAACCUGCCACAAAGACACAGCAAACGACACAUUGAUUCACCGGAAAGGAAGGAUUGCAAGCGUUUAAGGUCGAGCAGCACAGCUAUGCAGUCUCCUCUCACAACCCGCCGGCACCACCAUGCUCACGGCACUGCUCCGGGCGUCAGUCGGCUAUCCCUGUCGCCCCGGGGCCUUAGGAAGCGGGCCUCGUUCACACGAGUACCGCCCGGGAAGAGCAGCGCAUCCCAUCGCCUUGUCGGUGCGCGCAGUGGUCUUCUCUCCCCCGAACCAGAGGACAACAUACCCACUACUCAGCAUGUCGGAUCAGACGAACAGUCGGCACCGGGCCACCAGCACUCUGCAAAGGAGCAGCAGCCCCUUUCCCUCCUGGCCGGACUCGAGAUCUCCACCUCCUCUAGACGUCCGACACCCCCUGAGGAGGACGCCCUGCUCCGCGAAAGCACACCACAUCCCGUCGGUGCCUAUCCAGAGACGCCAGCCCCUUUCCGCGAAACUACGCCAUCAGAUGCGACGCCAGUACCGCCAGAACCUCCAAAAAUACCGUCAUUUCCUCGUCCUACUUAUACCGGCAAAGCCAACAGGUGGGAGUUCCUCGAGUUCUGCAAAAAGUACGAGGAAGAGCAAAGGAGGGUUUAUGAAGAGAUAGUCCCGCCUGUGGCUCCUAGCAAGAGACCCACACUGAAAGACUGUCUCGACGAGUUGCGGAAGCCAAUCGCGUGGGACGAUUUGGCCAAACGCCCCUAUGACAGGCUCAGUAUUCUGUCGGAGGCUGAGCUCCGCCGCAUCUUGGAAGAGAAGGAACAGAAAGAGAUCGAAGAACAGCUCCAAAGAGAGCAGCAGGCAGCUAAAGAGGCAGAGGAGCGCCGACUUCGUGAAGCAAAGGAGAGGCUCCGCAAGGAGCAGGAGCUACUAGCCCUCACAGGCGGGCUACGCGCUCCCAAGGCGCAGUUCAUCUCCCCGCUGUCUGACGACUGGACAAAGCGUGCACAUGAAACCAUACGGGCCCCUGGUGGCAAAGUUCUGGCGCAGACGGCCGAGAACACGGGACUGCAACAGCACGACUUUGCAAGGGUCGUUCCGCCGACCGUGUGGCUCAAUGACGAGAUUGUCAAUGGAGCACUGCUCUGGCUGGAACAGGCAAUCAACUCGGCCGCAGGUAUCACCAACGUCAAGACGCAGACGCGCAAGACGCUUGUCUUGAGCUCCUUUUUCUUCCCAAACCUCCAGAAAAAGGGGCCCCUGAAUACACAACGGCCCCUGGGCCGCAAAGGCGUCAAGAAGGAGAAUUUCCUCGACAUUGACAGCAUUUUUAUGCCCAUCUGCGAGCAUAGCCACUGGACACUCAUUGUCGUCCGGCCGCAGAAGAGAACAGUGUCACACAUGGACUCGAUGAGCCCUCACGGCAACAAGAAAUACACCAACCUCACCAUGGCAUGGGUAAAGGACAUGUUGAAGGAGAAAUUUGAAGAGGACGAAUGGAAGGUGGUGACCCAUGAGGCGCCACGGCAAACGAAUGGCUGGGACUGCGGCGUCCACACAAUCACAAACGCCAUGUGCCUUGCACUAGGGUUGAAUCCGAUCGACACAUACACGUCUGACGAGAUGCCGCUCCAACGGCUGCGGAUCGCAUCUAUCCUGCUCAACAAGGGGUUCGAGGGGGAGUUCAGCUUGAGUGCGUAUUGAGCGUGCAACAUAAUCACGGACGGGUUGUACAACACAAUGAACAAAACAAGGUUGU